GUGACCUAGCGCCGUCGUCGUCUCCAACAGCAGAGCCAGAGAAGCCAAGAAGAUUCUCUUUAAUCGACAAUGGGAAAGGUACACGGUUCAUUGGCUCGUGCGGGAAAGGUGAGAGGUCAGACACCGAAAGUGGCGAAGCAGGACAAGAAGAAGAAGCCUCGUGGCCGUGCUCACAAGAGACUGCAACACAACCGCCGUUUCGUCACCGCCGUUGUUGGCUUUGGCAAGAAGAGAGGACCAAACUCAUCAGAGAAGUAGACAAACCAAGACUUCUGAUUUUUUCCCUCGGAUUAUUUGAUGUUUUGAUAAUGCGUUUCGUUUUAGUUCGGGUAUGGUAAUGAGUCAAUGGAUGUUGUCAGUUUGAUUUGUGUUUCUCCUUGAAUUAUAAAACAUAGUUUCUUGGGUUAGUAAAUUGAAUUAGUGCCAAAUGAAAGUAUUGCAAAUCCUUGAGCCAGCCUCUCAUAAUUGUAAGGCCAAAUUGGCGGUCUUUGAGUUAACUAUCGUACCCCUACGAAGAAUCUGUCCAGAGGUCUAAUCACGGUGUAAGAUCCACCGGCCUGGGAUCCACACGUACUAUCUAUUUACAUCGUUUGUAUAAAUUUAUCCUGCAUAUUUGUGAAUCAAGAAAUCAUUUUCUCCA